AGAGGCGCCAGCAGGCCUCUCGGAAAACCCUCCUUGAGAGGCGACAGAGGCGGCCAACGCGCAAGGGCUCGGGGACCCGGCUUUAAACAGCUUUUGCAUCGCAAACACAGUUUUUAUUUAGGUCGCCCGUUUAUGAUGGUUGGCUCAGGGAGGGCAGAUGGCGAUUGUAGGGGAACUUCGCCCGGCAGGUCACCCCCUGGCUGCCACUACACAUCUCGGAACGCAAGGUUCCCUGGCCCCGGUGGCUAGACUCGGGCGGGACUGGAUCCCGGGAGCCGGCAGAGGCUAGGACGGGGGCGGGCCAAGCUGAGUUAGGGGCGGAGCCUGACGGUAGGGGCGGGGGCUUCCAGGCUCCCAGGCGGGGCCUCCGCUAAAGGCGCGGAGCACCCGGCGCCGAGAGCGCGGCGUAGAGCAGCGCCCGCUGGAGUGAAGUCGGAGACGAAGAUCGCGCCGUCCCAGCCCUCCCGCCAGCGUCCACGCCGCUCCCGCACCCUUACCCCUGCCGGCCCUUGCCGGCGCGACCGGCGGCCAUGCAGCCUCAGGGCUGAGGCGGCCCCAUGGCGAAGCCAGCGUCCCCGAGGUCCGGGCAACGACGGCGCAUGGAGAACUUCCGUAAGGUGCGCUCGGAGGAGGCGCCGGUGGGGGGUGGGGCCGAGGGGGGCGGCCCAGGCUCCAGCCCCUUCGCGGACCUGGCGCCUGGUGCUGUGCACAUGCGGGUCAAAGAGGGCAGCAAGAUCCGGAACCUGCUGGCUUUCGCCACUGCCAGCAUGGCGCAGCCAGCCACGCGCGCCAUCGUCUUCAGCGGCUGCGGUCGGGCCACCACCAAGACCGUCACGUGCGCUGAGAUCCUCAAGCGCCGCCUGGCGGGCCUGCAUCAGGUCACGCGGCUGCGCUACCGGAGCGUGCGCGAGGUGUGGCAGAGCCUCCCGCCUGGGCCCACACCCGGUCAGAAGCCUGGCGAGCCGGCCGCCAGUCUCAGUGUACUUAAGAAUGUGCCCAGCCUCGCCAUCCUACUUUCCAAGGAUGCACUGGAUCCGUGCCAACCCGGCUACCAGCCCCCGAGCUCCCAUCCUGGACCCUCGUCCCAGACAGCUGCACCAGCGUCCAAGAGGAGCCUAGGGGAACCUGCGGCUGGAGAAGGCUCUUCGAAGAGGUUACAGCCUGAGCCAAGCGCUGCGGAAGAGGACCAGACGGCCUGAGAGCUCGUGGGUCUGGGCCACGUAGACACGCUGGAUCUCACCCCGAGGGCCUCGACCUUGAGACGCAUCUCCAGCCUUUCACGCCUCGGUGCUCUGGAUAUAGCUCCUCAGACGGUCAGCAUGGACCCCAAGGCAACGAGAGGGACCCCAGGGAAGCUUCGUUCCACCACUUGUGUUGUCUGAAGACGCAGAACUCCACCUUCAGCUUUUCUGAGCCAUGCUGGAACCUUCUUCAGGGAGGGAGUGGUGGACCAUGGGACUCCUGAGCCUUGCUUAGGACCCCCAAGGGUUAAAGGCAUGCAGUAGUCAUGAGUUCCCCCCCACCCCGGGUGUAACCUUAGGAGAGCUCUUGGAAUCAUCUCCACCAUUGACUGGUUGAGGGCAAGGGGUGAGAAAAGGACUGCUUGAAGGCAAGGGAGUCUGAGUUGAUGGGGGUCUGUUCUGCCCCUCACCUGGGGAGACUGCUAUCUUCCUAGUUUUCCUUACCCUGCUAUCAAGGAGCAUCUUGAGACGAGGUGCAGGGCCACCUCUAUGGGCUCUAGCUCUUUUAACAACCCUCUUUCCCACUGGCCCAGAAGGAGAGACCCAGGACAAAACUCUUCGCCUUCUCUCCUGAGUCUCAGAGCUGGAGUCGUGCUUCUAAUAAAACAAACACAAAAAUGGCUCUGGCCCUAGGUUUCUUCUUUAGCACUUAACCUAUAUGGAAACUGCUUUGGCCUGCCCUGCUAUGUCUCAGUCCCCUCCAGCCUGGAGACUUUGGCUUUUGGAGUCUUCACAGUCAGACACAGAGACUGGACAGCUUCAAACUGGUACGAGAAGCACAUUGCCUGCUCCCUGGCUUCUCCCUCUCCCAGCCUUCCCUUUCUGGCUCUAGUCUCAGGGGCUCGGGGCCAGAAGGGGGGGCCUUUGUCCCAUGGUGCAUUACCACUGAGGGAAAGGGAGGAGCACCUUGCCUUUCUGAGAAGGAAGAAAGGAAGGCAAGCACCAGUGAACUCUCCGGUGGGGGAGGGGUCACUGCCAAGGGAGGCACACCCCACUGGGCUCCCUAAACCUGCAGCCUCCUGCCAAUUGACAGCCGUAUCCAGAAAGCUGGCACAAAACCUCUCAUCACCAUCCGUAGGAUCUCCCCUUCACUUCUCUCUCUCUCAGAAAGGACAGCACACCCUUGGGAGAGGGGGAGGAGAGAGACCGAGCACAAAUCCACUGCUGGAAAUUACUAUUCAGCAGAGAAGCUGGAACUUGGGCUGUGAAUCACUGCAGGCUCUCCCUGAUAAGCUGCUGCCUCCAGCCCUGCACAGCUGUCUGUUAAGAGAUAACAGCCUCAAAAGCCUCUCAGUCCAAGUCGAAGUCAGCUGGGGUGGGGGUGGGGGAGGAGUGUUGUGUGCUGGAAGGACUCUAGUUGGUAAGGGUGGGAGGUGGCAUCUAACCCCAGGAUGUCAGAAACACACCCUACCACAUGCAACUCAACGGCACCUCUGGAAAGGAGAUGGGGGAGGAUUUAAGUGACUUUGCUGGCAGAACUCUGAAAUAAAUCAGGGACAAGAGGUGAGUUUCGGCCGCUGACAGGAGGGGCUCUUUAGGGAAUUCUCCCCUUGAGCCCUGUCAUCCAGAGUCCAGCACCAUUUGCUUUUCCUAAUUUCUUGUUCUUGAAUCCCUGCAAAGGGCCAGGGGGGUUAUGUGCGCUUGUUCGACUCUCAUGGGUGGUCCAAGAAGGUUGGAAAAAAUGCACUAUCCUGACAGCUAAGGUGCCCUGGGCUGGUCCUGGGCAUGUGCAUCUGAAGAAAAUGAUAAAAUUCUUGAAAAAGGUCCUGCAUGAGAGAUGCUUAUAGAAGACUGGUCUUGGUUCUAGAAAAGGGCCACCUUUCCAAAACCAGGAUCUGAAAUUCUGAGUGCCUGGUCACAAGGGCCAUGCAGGCAGAAUCUUGUCAGGGAGGGAAGGCUGCAGAGGCGUUCUUUUCUUGCUGGUGGGGAUCAGAUUAAGUCCCUUUCCUGCCUAGAAAUUCAUCCUGCGGUAUGGGGAGGAGAGGGCCUUGCUUCCCUACCUUCAGAGCAUUAACCUGCCCUGAUGAUGGGCUGAGCUCCUGCCUCCGAUGCCAGAAGGCAGGUUAUGAAACACUUUCCUUUCUGCACCCCCCCCACUCCACCCCAGCAGGUUCUGUUCCCAGGCUUUUGAUAGGUGCUCAUGGUGCCAGCACCCAUGGGCACCCUAUCCCUGCCUACAGAUCCUCCGGCCCUGCUGAUCCAGGAGCAGGCUCCAAAGGAAGGACCCAUAUUCCUAUACAUCCCCACCCCCAGGACUGAGGUGGGAACCUGAGAAGUGCUGGAAUAAGGCAGUGAGGUUAGGGGGGUAGUUGGCUACAGAGGCACCUCAGGGAUGGCUCCCUGACUGCAGGGCAGAGCAGGAGGGAGGGGAAGCUGCUCUGUGAGACCCCAUCUUUCCAAUAGUGACCUCUAUCCAGGAGCUUUCUGGGCCCUGCCUGGGGGCACCUGCAGGCUAGGGGUGGCAGUGAAGGCUCACACCCACGAAAUUGUCAGGUCACGCCAUCAAUUUGGGAGCAUAUACGUGUAUAUAUAAUCCAAGACUGGAGCGUGGGUUAGAUGGGCAGUGGAUUUUCAGCAAGUCCUUAAGGGACUUCAUUGUUGUUGUGCCAGAUCCUAGUCUAGGCACACGGUGGAGCUGGGAAGCAGGGAUGCUGAUGGAGGUGGUUCCCCAAGUAUCAGAAGGAGGUAGCCAGCAGAACAGGACUGGACAGGCAGCCCCAAGUAGAGCAUAGAGAGGGGAUACUGUGUCUGGUGUUGCGGCACCCACAGUGUCUGAAGGAUACCCGGCAAGAGGCAGGUGGGGUUGGAGUACCAAGUCGGAGCCAGGUCACUGAGAGCCUCCAUGAAGUAAGUGGGAGGCCAGUGGGAGCCAUGGAGUGCCCCAGUUUGAUUGGCAUUUGAGAAGUAUCCCUCUGACACUUGUGUUGAUGGGUGGUGGAUUGGAAGGAGCCUGACUGGAUCCCCAAGGACACAAGGAGGUAAGAGAUGGUGUUACAGGAUUUCUUCUCCUCUGGGGCCUGUGGUUCUUGGCCAUGCCACUUCCAAGAAUGAAGGGAUAGAUCAGGCAGAGUAGUGGGCAGUAGAGCAGGUUUAUUGAAAGACAGCACAUUGGGGCUCCUGGGUGACUCAGUGCGUUGGGCCUCUGUCUUCGGUUCAGGUCAUUAUCCCAGGGUCCUGGGAUGGAGCCCUGCGUCCUGGGUCGGUCAGCGCUCUGCUCAGCGGGGAGCCUGCUUCCCCGUCUCUCUCUCUGCCUGCCUCUCUGCCUGCUUGUGAUCUCUGUCUGUCAAAUAAAUAAAAUCUUAAAAAAAAAAAAAAGAUGAAUAUAAAAUAAAAAGAAAGACAGCACAAAGCUCCCAAGGAGGAAGGGGACCCAAGAGAGUUGCCUUCGGGGUUUCUAAGUCUAGGGGGUUUUAUGGGCUUGUUAGUGGGCUGUUUUCAUCUGAUUAACCCUCCCUGUGCCUGUCAUCCAAACAUGGGAAAGGGUGGAGGGCUCCUUCCAAGCUGGUGUAAUCCUUUCAAGGAGUUCCCUCUUAGAGCAGGGGACCCGUGUGGCUGCCUGCCUUCCAACUAUCCUUCAUCCAUGGGACCGUGGUACUAGGGAAGGAGAUGGAGACAGAUUUGAGAGCUACCCAGGCUAGGUAGGAUUUCACAACCAUUAUUGCCAGAUCAGAGUGGGGCUUCUUGUGGCAUUAACCCUACCCUGGCCAAGGCCUGGCUUGCUUUCUUGGCAUACCAGGGGACACGCUAUGUAAGGUUGAAACAAUAAAGCCUUUGGAGAGGAGGAGAUCCACAGUUUCAAAUUGGUAGAAGCUUUAGGAGCUGUUGUCCAUUGGCCAUGAGUCUGCCAGGGCAUGUUCACUGCACAGUAUGGGGAAAUCCUGGGUAAGACCCUCUCCCACCCUUAUCCCUCAACAGGAACCUCCCCAUCCCUCCAUCUCCCAGCCUCUUCCCCAUUAAUCCUGUACUUUGGGGCUGUUACUGUGCCCACACCGCUAGGGGUGCUCUAGUCCCCUCUAUUCCACUAAGAUGUUGCAACACCUCCAGGUCUCCCAAGAGAAGGAUAAUUGAUAAAAGAAAGGGGAAGGAAGGAAUGAAGGGAGAGAGGCAGGAGAAGUGAAGAAGGAAGGAAAGAAAGGAGAAAAUACAGCCAUAGGAGGGUCUCCUUGGUGACAUCAGGUUUUUCUUAGAGCACAAAUCUUUGUAAUUGUGCCCUCAUUAGUGUGUUCCUCUGGUUAUCAGUUACCCUAAAAUCCAGAAGCCAUGUUUGAAUGGAUCCUGCCUGCCUUACUUCCCCACCCAAUUCUUGGCACAUAGGAAGCCCACAGAGCUAUUGACUGAAUAAAUAAAGUCUGGUUGAGCCAGAUUUAUGAAUUAUUCUAAUGCCAUAUCAAAGUCCUUACCUGCCAAGGACGGUGGCCAGAUCUUUCCCUGUGCCCACCAAGCUUCUCUUCCCAUCUGGACCCUUAGGUUCUACCUGCUUUUAGAAAUGAAUCAUCACCAUAGUGAUUGGAAUUUUAUGCCUGGCAUGAGGAUUCUGGUUUUGUGUGACACCUGCUGAUUAUCAUAGAUACAAUCAUAGAUAUGGUGGGUUGAAGUGUGUACCUGUGAAUGUGACCUUAUUUUGAAACAGGGUCUUUGCAUAUGUAAUUAAUAUGUAAGAAGAGAUCAUACUGAAGUAGGUUGGGUCCUUAACCUAGUAUGACUGUGUCCUUACAAAAAGAGGAGAAGAGACAGACACACGGAGAUGAACAACAUGAGAGGAUGGAGACAGAUUGGACUUAAACAGCUGCAAACGAAGGAAUGCCAAGGAUUGCCAGCAAACAGCAGAAGCUAGGAAAAAUGCAUGGUCCUGCCGAUAUCUUGCUUUUGGAUUUUGAACAUCCACACCUGUGAAAAAAUAAAUUGCUGUUGCUUUAAGUCA